AUGGGCCAGGCAAAGCCUAUUAUGGUACCUCCUCUAGCGCUUGGGGAUAUUGCUAAAUUGGCGAAAUACCGACUAAAUAUGAUAUGGAAGGCGGAAGUAGAGAUACAAAAACUUGUCACAGAAAACUUCGAACUAAGAGCCGUUAUAGCACAACUAAAGACCGAGAUCAACAGACUGAAAACCGAUAAUGAUGCCGGUAAUAAGUUCUAUCAAAACACGUUGAAGUCCAGCAGCGAUGAAAUCACAAGCAUAUUGCACAAACUACACAAUGCAGUUGACGCUUUAAAUGUGUUGGUCGAUAAGGAUAUUAGGAGCUCCCAAAAUGACACGUACUCUUGGAGAUAUCGUUCCAUUGCAAACAGUAAUUUGGAUAAAUGGACAGAAAAGGUGCCCGAGAAAAGGAAGCUUCAAAAUCCGAUCUCCUCAUACAUAAAUGACGCGAGAUUACUAGCAAGUAUAAACGAAACCGCCGAAGAACAAACCACAUUCGAAGAGCAUGUGAUAUGUUCGACGCAAAGACAGGAACCAACUCCAUUACAACCCCAAACUACAGAAUUUAACUAUAUUCCAUCUCAACUCAACAUUACGUAUGACAUUUCACCGCAAACCAAGAUUGAUUCACGCGUUACAGUGGACGACCUAAUAACCGUGGUGAGGCGACCAAACGAUUUAAAUACAAUGUACGCAGAGCAUCCAAUAUUACUGGACAACAUGUCUGAAGGUCGACCAGAGCCGAUAAAAAGUAGCAAAGAUGGUAUAGUUGUGUACUGA